AUUCAUACUACACUCCCACUUCAACUUCAACACAUAAUAAAAUAUAAUUCUUUUGCCUUAAAUCCUUCGUUACAUUUUAUUUCUUCUCAAUCUGAGAACAUUAUUGUUUGAAGAAGAAAUGGCAAUUAAUUUGCGCCGGAGCCAAAGGAUUCCGGCACAGGGUAGGGACAGCGGACCUCCAUCUUGGUCCUCCAUAUUCACUUUCAGAUUCUGUGCGCUAUCUCUUACAAUCACCGUUUCAGUUCUCUUCGCUUUCUCGUUUCUCUUCAUUGCCCCAUUAUUCCCAUCCGAUAGUUUUGGUUUUUCUAAUGUUCAAAAUGGAGUUAAGACGGAGUCAAAUCGGAGAUCAGUUUUGGCACUCAAUACAUUAAAGUCACGGCUUGAUCAGAUCCAACGGCAAGCAGGAGAUCACAGAAGCUUAGCCAUAGCUUAUGCUUCCUAUGCUCGGAAGCUCAAGCUCGAUAACGCAAAGCUCGUAAGAGUUUUUGCAGAUCUCUCUCAAAAUUACACUAGUCUAAUGUCUCAUCCUUCCUAUCGCACAUUAUUUGAUGCUGAUGCAAGUGCAAUUGAUGAGGCAGUGUUGAGAAAGUUCGAGAAGGAGGUAAAAGAGCGAAUUAAACUAACAAGGCAAGUUAUUGCCGAGGCAAAAGAGUCAUUCGACAAUCAGCUGAAAAUUCAUAAGCUCAAAGAUACCAUCUUUGCUUUAAACGAGCAAUUAACUAAAUCAAAAAAGCAGGGCGCUUUCUCGAGCUUGAUUGCGGCCAAAUCAAUCCCCAAGAGCUUGCACUGCUUGGCUUUGAGGCUUAUGGAAGAGCGCAUUGCUUAUCCUGAAAAGUACACAGAUGAAGGGAAGCCCACCAAGCCAGAAUUAGAAGACCCAAAGCUUUAUCAUUAUGCUAUUUUCUCGGAUAAUGUGGUUGCUGCUUCAGUCGUGGUGAAUUCAGCAGUUAAAAACACAAAAGAACCAUGGAAGCAUGUGUUUCAUGUAGUGACUGAUAAGAUGAAUCUCGGGGCCAUGCAAGUCAUGUUCAAGAUGAGGGAUUAUAAUGGGGCUCAUAUCGAUGUGAAGGCCGUGGAGGAUUAUAAAUUCUUGAACUCUUCUUAUGUUCCGGUGCUGAAACAGCUUGAGUCUGCCAACUUACAGAAGUUUUACUUUGAAACUAAGCUUGAGAAAGCAACCAAGGAUACAACAAAUAUGAAGUUCAGGAACCCAAAAUAUUUAUCAAUAUUAAAUCAUCUCAGGUUCUAUUUGCCGGAAAUGUAUCCAACACUGCAUAAGAUUUUGUUCUUGGACGAUGAUAUAGUAGUUCAAAAGGAUUUGACUGCGCUUUGGAAGAUAGAUAUGGAUGGGAAGGUCAAUGGGGCUGUGGAGACGUGUUUUGGAUCAUUUCAUCGGUAUGCACAAUACAUGAAUUUCUCUCACCCUUUGAUCAAAGCCAAGUUCAGUCCCAAGGCAUGCGCAUGGGCUUAUGGCAUGAAUUUUUUCGAUUUGGAUGCUUGGAGGAGGGAGAAAUGCACUGAAGAGUACCAUUACUGGCAGAAUCUGAAUGAGAACCGAACUUUGUGGAAGUUAGGGACAUUGCCUCCAGGUCUGAUCACAUAUUACUCGACAACAAAGCCACUUGACAAGUCUUGGCAUGUUUUGGGGCUAGGCUAUAAUCCAAGCAUAAGCAUGGAUGAGAUUAACAAUGCUGCUGUCAUACACUAUAAUGGAAAUAUGAAGCCGUGGCUUGAUAUUGCAAUUACCCAGUUCCGUCCGCUUUGGACAAGGUAUGUCGACUAUGAAAAUGAGUUUGUGCAAGCCUGCAAUUUUGGUCUUUGAAUAUAGGUUUGUUGAUUGGAGCCAAUGCUUGGAGGAAGACUAAGAUAGUUCUGCAAGCACUUCCAAGGCCUGAUACUGCUCCUUACACGUAAAUUUUUGCUAUUGUUUAUAUUGUAGUCUUGUAGAAACAUUCAUAUCUAUAGUCUAUUCUAGUAUUUGCAUUCAUCUCUUAGUUUUAUAUUAACAUAGAUUAUUAUUACGUUAGAAGUUGUCCUUCUAUUCUUAAAUAGGUGUUCAAUGCUAAGUUCCCUAUGGUAGGAAAUUAAUGUCAUACACUGCUUGUCUACGUCAGAAACUUUGGCUGUUAAAAACUUACAUAUUGGUAAUGAUAUAAUUAUUUGAUCA